AUGGAGCGGAAGACAAAGAAAUCCAACGUCCCCAACGGGGAAACCAGCGCCCCCAACGGGGAAACCAGCGCCCCCAACGGGGAAACCAACGCCCCCAACGGGGAAACCAGCGCCCCCAACGGGGAAACCAGCGCCCCCAACGGGGAAACCAGCGCCCCCAACGGGGAAACCAGCGCCCCCAACGGGGAAACCAGCGCCCCCAACGGGGAAACCAGCGCCCCCAACGGGGAAACCAGCGCCCCCAACGGGGAAACCAGCGCCCCCAACGGGGAAACCAGCGCCCCCAACGGGGAAACCAGCGCCCCCAACGGGGAAACCAGCGCCCCCAACGGGGAAACCAGCGCCCCCAACGGGGAAACCAGCGCCCCCAACGGGGAAACCAGCGUGUGUGCCUCAUGGAUGGCACUGCCAUCUCCUCCAUGGGGAUGA